CUGUCGACAUCGUCUUUGCCAUGUUUUGUUCCAUUGUUUGUGCACAAUUCCGAGUUCUUAAAGAUAACUUGGAAAAGUUGAAUUAUAAAAGAAACGUGGCCGAUAUCAAGAAGGAUAUUAAAAUGAAUGUUCAAGCUCAUCUUCAGUUGUUAAAGGCCUGCGAAGUUAUUAACGGCAUUUUCAGCUUUGGUGUUUUAGGUCAAUUUGCAGGAAGCAUCUUCGUCAUCUGUUUUACCAGCUACGAGCUAAUUUUUUAUUCUCCGGAUUUUUCAGAUUUUUAUUUGGUAUUAGCUUACGAGAUCCAUCUUUUGAGUUAUAUGGUUUGCAUGCUAGGUCAGGUUGCAUUUUAUUGUUAUUACGGACACAAUAUUAUGAGUGAGAGUUCUGAUAUUGGUCAAUCAAUAUAUUUAUCGAAUUGGUAUGAUUCCGAUUUAAAGAUUCGAAAGGAGUUGAUGAUUUUUAUGGAACGAGUGAAGAAACCAAUCAUUUUGACUGCCGGGGAGUUAUUUCCACUCACAGUGAACACUCUUAGAGGGAUAUUAAGAUCUUCAUACUCUUUUUUUGCUGUACUACGACAAACCAAGUAA